ACGUUUAACUUGCGUAGGCGGUCGUAUUACAAUAAUAUAGCAAGUAAUUGGCGAGCAAUAGCCCGACAGAAGCUUUUACACGUGAGUUUUAUCCAUCCGAGCGGCGUGUACGGCGGUGAAGCAGCGGAGUGCGGAAGAGAGAGAAAUCCCCCCGGUAAAAGAUGGAGCUGAAACCCGGCCUCUCGGCGCUGAUCACCGGCGGAGCUUCCGGGAUCGGUAAAGCUGUGAGCUUGGCUCUUGCGGAGAGAGGUAUAUUCAUUACGGUGGUUGACUACUCAGAAGAAGAGGGUAAGAAAGUGACGGCUCUUAUUGAAAAGCAGCUUGCUAAGUUUCAUAAGAAUCUGAAAUUUCCCUCCGCAACAUUCAUAAGAUGUGAUGUGACCAAAAAAGGAGAGCUGUCGUCUGCUUUUGCAAAGCACUUAGCAACUUAUGGUGGGUUAGAUAUCUGCAUCAAUAAUGCUGGAAUCGAGACUUCAGUACCAUUGCAGAAGGACCAAACUGAUGGCUCUGGUACAUGGAGGCAUACUGUUAACGUGAACCUAGUUGCUGUUAUUGAUUGUACUCUUUUAGCGAUUCAAGCAAUACAGACUUCCAAGAGAGCAGGAGUGAUCAUCAACAUGGGAUCCUCUGCCGGGCUUUAUCCAUUAUUUAAAGAUCCAGUAUACUCAGCCACCAAAGGUGGCGUGGUUCUGUUUACCAGAUCUCUUCUUCCAUACAAACGUCAAGGAAUUCGUGUGAAUGUACUAUGCCCAGAAUUUGUAGAAACUAAUUUGGGGGCAAAGGCGGAUGCCAAAGUUAUAAACUCGCUAGGGGGCUUCAUACCUAUGGAACUAGUGGUAAAAGGUGCUCUAGAGCUUAUCACAGAUGAGACUAAAGCUGGAUCUUGUUUAUGGAUAACAAAUCGUAGAGGGCUUGAAUAUUGGCCUACUCCAGCGGAAGAAGCAAAAUAUCGAGUUCCUUCGUCGAAUUUCAAGAGCAGAUCAAUGCUUACCUAUGCGUUGGAGCUCAAAUUACCUCAGAGCUUUGAGAAAUUAGUUGUGCACACCUUAAAUCACAAUUUCCGUGAUGCUACGAGGAUACUGCGCACCCCUUUGGUCCUGCCUAUCAAACGAAAUCAUGUUCUCGUGAAGAUAUUGUAUGCUGGUGUUAACGCUAGUGAUGUAAAUUUCAGUUCAGGCCGCUACUUUAGUGGCAACAGUCGCGACCUUGCUGGGAAUCUCCCCUUCGAUGCUGGUUUUGAGGCUGUCGGUAUAAUUGCUGCAGUUGGGGAUUCUGUGGAUACCUUGAAAGUUGGCAGUGCUGCUGCAGUGAUGACAUUUGGAAGUUAUGCUGAAUUCAUGAUUGUUCCUUCCAAAUAUAUACUUCCUGUGGCUAGACCUGACCCAGAAGUUGUAGCAAUGCUUACUUCUGGACUAACGGCUUCAAUUGCUCUGGAGAAGGCAGCACAUAUGGAUUCGGGAAAAACAGUUCUGGUCACGGCUGCUGCAGGGGGGACAGGACAGUUUGCUGUACAGCUGGCGAAAUUGGCUGGAAACAAAGUUGUUGCGACUUGCGGAGGUUCUGAUAAGGCAAUGCUUUUGAAAAAACUGGGAGUUGAUCGAGUAAUAAAUUAUAGAGAAGAAGACGUGAAAACAGUUUUGAAGAAGGAAUUUUCCAAAGGAGUUGAUAUUAUAUACGAGUCCGUUGGCGGUCAAAUGUUUGAUAUGUGCUUGAAUGCCCUAGCAAUUUACGGUCGGCUUGUGGUGAUUGGAAUGAUUUCUCAGUAUCAAGGAGAACAUGGAUGGACGCCCUCAAAUUAUCCUGGACUGUGCGAGAAGCUUUUAGCAAAAAGUCAAACUGUGGCUGGUUUCUUCCUUGUGCAAUAUAGUAGUCUGUGGCAACAACAUCUGGACAAGUUAUUUGGCUUCUACUCCUCCGGAAUGCUUAAGGUUAACAUGGAUCCAAGAAAGUUUGUUGGUCUUAAAUCCGUCGCAGAUGCCGUUGAAUAUCUCCACUCUGGUAAAAGUAUUGGCAAGGUGGUGGUUUGCAUUGACCCAACCUUCAGUCAACUUACUUCAAAAAUGUAAUAAUUGGUGACCGCAUUCACAAUGAACUCGGGCUCAUUACAUAUGAGAUUGUUGUGUGGUGCACUUAAUUAGUGGUAUGAGUAGUAUAUAUAUGGUUUUUCCGGAUUGAAAACUAAAAGCAAAAAAAUAUUGGAAGAGAUGUUGAAGGCAGAAGAUGGUAUAUGACCUCAGAGAUUUACUUGGGAAGACUUGUAAUUGUGUAAACAGACCUACUGUUUGGAAUUGCAAUCAAACAUUAUUUUAGGGCAAAGGGAUCGGAAUGACCUCUGAUUCUUACAGUAUAUAUGUACAUUGCUACUAAUUUAUGUUGCUGCUAUUGUAUUCAAACUCGAUAUAUUGUACGGAGUAUUUCUUGUAUUCAAACUCAAUUCCCUGAAUCCCUACUUUUGGCCUUAAUCAAUAAAUUGAAUAAAUUACCAAUA